AUGCAAGCUUCUUUGGUUAGUAAUUACCACCUGUUUAACGAGCACCUCAGGGCUCCGGCUGCUCUCACAAUUUUCUUUUGGCGCCUUACUCUCCUUUUGGCAUUACUUGCUCUCCUUAGUGUCUACUUCGAAGCCACUGUUUACUGUCUAUCUCACGCGUUGAGCUUAAUUGGCGACUCUCUGCGGCUUGCAGAAUCUCGAUUCACCAGUGACCACUUCGCCGGCUCCACCUGGAACUCUGUUCAGCGAGAACUGAAGUGCUGCGGCGUCGAUAACUACGAGGAAUGGUUCUCUUACUUGGGCAAUUCUUCUGUUCCGGACUCCUGUUGCACGCUCUACGCCAUCGACUGCGGGAAAGUGGCUCUGAAAGCCGGCAACUUCUACCCGACUAGCUGCGCAAACGCUAUUUCAAAAUGGGCCGAGAAUAACGGAAUCUACAUCGCCAUUUUAGUCACCUUCAUAAUAAUCUUCCAGCUUCUCUCUCUCUUCUUGUCGAUAUUAACAAAGUUUUCAUCGCUUGACUGA